AUUUCCGAAAAGGAAGCUGUUAUUCGCUUAUUUUAUGGAUUCAAAAACUUUAGUUUUUGAUUUUACUUGCAUAUUCAUCUUUACAUCCUGUGUGGUAUAAUUUGACCGUGUGCAGGUAGAAUCCCACACAACCAUCGUAGUAUAGAUUAUUUGGGGAGGAUUCCUUGUAAUGUUUUAAAAAAAUGUAUGUAAAUCUGCAUUUAGCAAUAUGUGGCCUCGCCAUAUUCUUCUUAAAUCCUCUCUCUGCGGUAUACUCUUUCGAUGUCGAUAUCCGCCCCUCAUCUGAAUCUCAAUCGCCCGAAGGGGCGGUCGAUAACUCAGUUCCACUUACUGCUGAAGGUUCUAAAGAAAAAAUUGUAUUGGAAAGUCAAGAUUUUGAGGCUUCUUCUGAUGCAGACGACUCCUCAAGUAAGGAAAGUACUUCAGAUGGAUCUUACUACAGUGACUUUAAGAAAUUCCAACAAUCAGGUGUUGAGAUUGACACAGAAAAGAGCUAUACUGUAAGUGCUAUGUUGCCUGUUGGAGAAUUAUUAGUAUUGGCUACUCCAAGCGGUUGUGCUCUUUUGGAUAGCCCUGAGGCUGAUUCUUCUGCGAAAGUUGAGCCUCUGGAAUUCACUUUCAAGGUUUCAGAACUGGAAGAUUGUGGAAAGUUAACUGACUCAAUACUAUCCGAACUCAAAUCUGAAAUCUCCUCAAACUGGGAACUUUUGUCUCAAUCUGGUAGCUGCAAGGUUGGAGAGUCCUUCACAACUUUGAAGGAAAUUGGCUUGAGAACCUCUCCAAAUGGCAGAGAUUCUUAUGAGUAUACUGAAACAACUACAACCCCUGGCGAUGCUGAUCAGUUUGCAACUUCAUUCUUGGCCUCCCAUUUGAAUGUCAACUUGCUUCCAACAACUGAUGAUGGCGUUUUUGUCUGUCAUUUUGACAUUUCUGAAUCAGAUAGCACACAAGAUGACUCGAAAUUUGAGGAUUUUCUAAAUUCCCUCAACGAUACAAUUUCCUCCAAUGAAUUUAAGGAAUUGGAGAACAAGUUCAAGAGUGUUUUGGAAGAAACGAAGACUCGUCUUGAUCAGGAGAUUGAUACAGGUAAAAAGAUUUUAGAUGAGCUUAGUCAGCACGGGAUUGAUUCAACUGAAUGCCACAAACUUAGCUUGGACAGAUGCAAGUCGGUAUCAAAGUGCGAUGUUGUAAGUAUAAAUGGUGAAGAAACAUGCUUCGUUUCUCCAAGAACAAUCUUUUGGCUAGCCGAUACAAACUGCGGACUCCAAUCAAGGACUGCACUCUUCUCCAUCGCUAGGGAUCUCGUCAGUGCUGGAAUAAUGAACGAGAAACAUUAUCAGACAAUGAGACAGAGCUACAACGCUUCGCAAAUUUGUAAUGCCAUAACUCACUCGUACCUUUCUGCAGACAUUACACCCAAAGAAGAUAAUAUAUUUAACAGAGCAUUUGAACUUUAAUAAUUUCAACCUUAUAUAUCAUC